UAGGUGGAAACACCAGCCCGUGGUGGAACCCGGAACCGCCUUAGCAGCUGUUGGAAGUUUCCACCCCUCCUGGCCCUCGGUGAGGAAGGGCUUUUUGGCCGUUGGGGAGGAGGCGCCGAGGGACGGCGGAGAGCGGGCGCCGGGGGUAGCGGGGGCCAGAGCCGGAACAGCCGCUGCCAUGGAGGGUGGAGAAGCCCAGUGAGGAAGGGGACGCCGGAGUAGGUUCUGUCAGCAAAGGCACAAUGCUCGAGUCAUAUGUGACUCCUAUUCUAAUGAGCUAUGUGAAUCGCUAUAUUAAGAACUUGAAGCCUUCUGAUCUACAGCUAUCACUCUGGGGCGGAGAUGUGGUUCUCAGCAAACUUGAACUAAAGCUUGAUGUACUUGAACAGGAGCUGAAAUUACCAUUUACAUUUUUAAGUGGACACAUUCAUGAAUUGCGUAUCCAUGUGCCAUGGACAAAGCUUGGUUCCGAGCCAGUUGUAAUCACAAUCAAUACAAUGGAGUGCAUCUUGAAUCUAAAAGAUGGAGCCCAGGAUGACCAUGACAGCUGUGGUUCCAGUUCAACGAAUCGUAGUACUUCAGAAAGUGCAAAAACAGCAACGAAAGCAAGAAGAAUUCAACAAGCUGCUCCUGAUCCUGACUUGCCACCAGGUUACGUACAGAGUUUAAUUUGGCGAGUUAUAAACAAUGUCAAUAUUGUCAUCAAUAACCUCAUACUCAAAUAUGUGGAGGAUGAUAUUGUUCUUUCAGUCAACAUCACUUCAGCAGAAUGUUACACAGUGGAUGAAUUUUGGGAUCGAGCAUUCAUGGACAUAUCAGCAACUGAUUUGGUACUAAGGAAAGUGAUAAAUUUUUCUGACUGCACAGUUUGCUUAGACAAGAGGAACGCUAGUGGUAAAAUAGAAUUUUAUCAAGAUCCACUGCUAUACAAGUGUUCAUUUACAACUCGUCUACACUUCACUUAUGAUAAUCUUAAUUCCAAGAUGCCAUCCAUUAUUAAAAUUCAUACUUUGGUUGAAAGUCUGAAGCUUUCCGUUACUGAUCAGCAACUUCCAAUGUUUGUUCGGAUAAUGCAGCUUGGAAUUUCACUGUAUUAUGGAGAAAUAGGCACCUUUAAAGAUGGGGAAAAUGAGGACCUCAUUUGUCACACGAAGGAUGUUUUGUCGAACAUACCAGGUUCAGAAGAAGAAAUAGCCAAAGAUCUGCAAUAUGUUUCUCUAGAAUCUUACGUUCAACAAGAUGAGGAUCAGCAGCAGGGAUGGGUGUCAUGGGCCUGGUCUUUUGUACCUGCUAUUGUGGGCAAUGAUGAUGAAGAGGGAGAUUUUAUUGGAGCAGAUGAAGGAACAACAGUGAAUCAGCAGAAAUUAUCAGCAGUCAAAGAUCCCAUUGUUUCCAUAGGAUUUUAUUGUACAAAGGCUACCAUCACUUUCAAGCUCACUGAAAUGCAAGCUGAAAGUAGUUACUACAGUCCACAGAAAGUAAAAUCAAGAGAAGUAAUAUGCUGGGAACAAGAAGGAACUACAGUUGAGGUCCUCAUGAAUGGGGAACCUUUCUUUGAUUGCCAGAUAGGCUUUGUUGGUUGCCAAGCUCUUUGUCUUAAAGGCAUUAUGGGGAUUAAAGACUUUGAGGAGAAUAUGAAUAGAAAUGAUGCCGAGACCCAUUUUUUCCAUUGUGGUGAAAAUUUGAGCACAAAAGGAAUGACAUACCUCACGAAUUCACUAUUUGAUUACAGAAGUCCUGAAAACAAUGGAGUUCGUGCAGAAUUCAUUUUGGAUGGAGCUGCUCAUAAGGAGAUGUACACAGAGAUAGCUGGAAUGCAGAGGUUUGGGGCUUUCUAUAUGGAUUAUCUGUACACAGUGGAGAGCACCAGUGGCAAAGUGUCUGGAAGUCAGCCAGAUUUGACUUCAGUGAAAACUGAAGAGCUCAGCAGUGUUCAGGAGAUGUCUACAAAAAGCCUUAUUGUUGGCCCCCUGAAUCUUCGGCUUGACAGCAAUGCAGUGCACAGGAUUAUGAAGAUGAUUGUUUGUGCUCUGGAACAUGAAUAUGAGCCAUACAACAAAUCUAAACUAGACUUUGUAGACGGAACUAAGACUGUGCCAAGUUCAGAAGAAAUAGCAGCUUUGGAGGAAUAUAUUCCAACACGAAUCACAAACUUUACCAUUUUGAAAUGCACUGUUACUAUCCCUAUGGCUGAAUUCAACGUACUGGGCCAUUUGUUGCCUGUAAUUAUGGGUCAAAAGAGUUCUUGCAGCCUCUUGAGUACUUCAAAUCUUCAACCUUUACGUCCGUUGCCUUGUAUCCAAAUACUUGUGGACAAAAUUGUUCUGGAACACUCUGUGCCAAUGUAUGCCGAACAGCUUGUGCAAACCAUCAGCAGCCUCAACCAGCUGUCCGAGAACUUAGUACACUAUUGUUAUGCACACUGCUAUCUUAAGGCAUUUGGUUUUCAGGCAGGACUGUCCUCAUUGGAUGUUAAUGGGUGUUACAGUUCACCAGCUUCUGUUGUCCCCCCCUUCGGUAUCGCUUUCUAUGGCAAAAUGCUUAAGCUUCCUCAACAUUGGUCCAAGUGGUCUAAUGUGGCAGUGAAUGAAUGUAUAUUUGAGCUUCCAAAUCUGACAAUUCAAGCAACAAGAGCCCAAACAUUUUUAGUACAAAGUGUAUGGCAGAGUUGGGCUUAUACUGGAAAUGUUAAUUCACCAGUUGUGAAUGAAGCUUUAGUGAAUGAAGUCUUCCACCCUUCAGGUGUGAAAUCUAAGAAUCCCCUGCCAACUCUUGAGGGCUCAAUCCAGAAUGUUGAAUUGAAGUACUGCAGCACACCAUUGGUCAAAUGUGCCUCUGGGACCAUGGGAUCAAUAAAAAUUUGUGCCAAAGCCCCAGGUGAUAGUGGAAAGGAAAAGCUUGUUCCAUUAAUUCAAGGACCAUCUGAUACCAGAGACUUACACAGCAGCAAAUGGCUCAAUGAAAGCAGAAAGCCAGAGUCUCUCCUUGCUCCAGAUUUGUUAGCCUUUACAAUUCAGAUCCCUCAGCAUCAGGAUUACAGCUAUAGUUCUGGAGCAGUGCUUUUGGCCAGUAUGCAAGGACUGACAGUCAAUAUUGAUCCGAUAUUGUAUACUUGGCUCAUAUACCAACCUCAGAAACGAAGCAGCAGACCUACACAGCAGCAGUCUGGAUCUGUUUCUCUUGGGACACCAGCAACCAGGAAAAAAGAGGAUGAGGUAUCAAUUGGAAGCACGCCUUUGGCUAAGCAGCAGUCAAAUCAAGCCUCUGAAUAUGCCAGCAGCCCUGUCAAAACAAAAACUGUAACAGAGUCACGGCCACUAUCAGUUCCCGUGAAAGCCAUGCUAAGCUCACUUGAAGGCUGCAGAAAAAGUCCCGAGGAAACAAUGAAAGAAUAUAUUGGAAUAGUGUGGAAUGCAGUUAAGCGCCUUACAGUUCAGCUUGAAGUGCAGUCCUGCUGUGUCUUCAUUCCAAAUGACAGCCUUCCAUCCCCCAGUACAAUUGUGUCGGGUGAUAUUCCUGGGACUGUCCGCAGUUGGUAUCAUGGGCAGGCUAGUAUGCCUGGAACUCUUGUCAUUUGCUUGCCCCAGAUAAAGGUUAUGAGUGCUGGACACAAGUAUAUGGAGCCUUUACAAGAGAUUCCUUUUGUUGUACAAAGACCAAUUCUUGAAGAAGGAGAUGCUUUCCCUUGGACAUUCAAUCUGAAACAUUUCAGUGUAUAUACUCUUCUUGGGCAGCAAAUGACUCUCACUGUAAUAGAACCCAUGGGCUGCACUUCAACUCUGGCAGUCACAUCACAGACACUGCUUACAGCAGGGCCUGAAUCCAGGCACUCAUUUGUUGUAUGUCUUCAUGUUGACCUCGAAUCGCUUGAAGUAAAAUGUUCAAAUCCUCAGGUGCAGUUGCUGUAUGAACUAACAGAUACAGUGAGCAAAGUCUGGAAUAAGGUUCAAAGGAAAGGAGUCUUGCAUCAGGCCCAGGCCUAUACAGAAUCUGUUUCAGGGCCUGCCCUUCCUAGUUCCCCUAUUAAAAGCAGUGUUGGGACAGCUCCUCCAGAUACCAGCACAUGUAGUCCAUCUGCCGACAUUGGGACAACUACAGAGGGUGAAUCUGUGCAAGGAGGUGAUGAUUCUCCAUUCUCAGACUCUGUUACAUUGGAACAAACAACCAGCAAUAUUGGCAUAGCAAGUGGACGUGUUAGUUUAUGGAUGCAGUGGAUGUUGCCAAAGCUCACUGUGAAGCUGUUUGCACCAGAUCCAGAAAACAAAGGGACAGAGAUUUGUGUUGUUGGUGAAUUAGAAGACCUGAGUGCCUCAGUAGAUGUACAAGAUGUCUACACUAAAGUAAAGUGUAAGAUAGAAAGCUUCAACAUUGACCACUACAGAAACAGCUUUGGGGAAGACUCUUGGUCUCUGGGGAAAUGUGGAGGUGUCUUCCUUUCCUGUACUGACAAGCUGAACAGACGUACAUUGUUGGUUCGACCCGUCAGCAAGCAGGACCCUUUCAGUAACUUCUCUGGCUUCUUUCCCUCUGCAACUGCAAAACUUUUGGAUGGUUCUCAUCAGCAGCAUGGCUUUCUCUCCCUGACUUACACAAAGGCAGUCACAAAAAAUGUCCGCCACAAACUGAUCUCAAGAAAUGAACGAAGAACUUUUCAGAAAUUAUCUGAAAGUUUCAUUGAUGGUUCCCCUCAUUUCCUUCAUGAGAUUCUUCUUUCAGCUCAGGCAUUUGAUGUUGUCCUCUGUUUUCCUUUUCUUAAUGCAAUUGCAAGCAUUUUUCAAGCCAAACACUCAAGCACCCAAAAAGAAAAAAGAAAAUCAUCAGGCCAACCUAUGAGGACUCAUAUUCUCACAUCCCGCAACUUGCCACUUAUUUAUAUCAAUACAGGAGUAAUCAGAAUCUUCUUCCCCAAAAUGGAAGAUGUACAGCAUAACAAAGAAGGUAAUAAGUCAAAUAAAGAAGAUACUUUGGUACUUAAAAUUGGUUCUGUGUCGAUGGCUCCCCAGGCUGAUAAUCCUCUUAGUAGAGUUGUCUUAAGGAAAGACAUUUAUCAGAGAGCACUGAAUCUGGGAAUUCUUCGAGAUCCUGGAUCAGAGGUUGAAGACAGGCAGUAUCAAAUAGAUCUUCAGUCCAUCAACAUUGGUACUGCUCAGUGGGAUCAGCUGAAGCCCGAGAAGGAGAAUGGUAAAGGGAGGGCAGUACCUGAGAAUGAACGAAAUUCACAGAAUCCAGCACUUGAGUGGAACAUGGCCAGUAGCAUAAAGCGACAUCAAGAACGCAGAGCUAUUUUAACUCCAAUUUUAACAGACUUUACUGUACGAGUAACUGCAGCUCCUGCUGUCACUUUCACAAAAGUGAUUUCACCAGAGAAUUUGCAUACAGAGGAAAUCUUAGUCUGUGGCCAUUCUUUGGAAGUGAAUAUGACAACAAGCCUGGACUUCUUCCUCAGUGUAGCUCAAGUACAGCUCCUACAGCAGUUACUACAAACUAAUAUGGCUGGAUUAGAAUCGUCCAAUAAGGCAGCAGAGGUUUCCAAACAGGAGCAGAAAAAAAUGGACACAUCUGAUGGAGGUACCGUUGAAACAUCUUCACGUUACAGUGGAGCCCAAGAUAGUGGCAUUGGAAGUGACAGUGUUAAAAUCAGGAUAGUCCAAAUAGAACAACACAGUGGCACCAGUCACCAUCGCAUUGCCCGUCCCUCCCGACAGUCUUCUAUUGUGAAGAAUCUGAAUUUUAUUCCAUUUGACAUUUUUAUUACAGCAAGCCAAAUCUCCUUUAUGACAUAUUCAUCCAGCAGUUUACCUAAGUCAAAAUCAGUGGAAAAUGAGAGAGAUGGCGAGAAAACUAGCAAAAGUACAUUAAAUUUUCCAGAAAGGGUUGAUCAUGAUUCCAAGAGAACUGUCACAGCAGGCAUUUCAUCAGUAACUGCAGAGGAUCUCCUGAAUGGCAACAGUACUUCACCUUCUGGUAAAAAGACAGGUCUUUUAUCCUUGGAAAGUCUACAUGCUUCCACAAGAUCAUCUGCUAGGCAAGCUUUGGGUAUAACAGUUGUUCGACAACCUGGGCGCAGAGGAACUGGCAACUUGCAGUUAGAGCCAUUUUUGCACCUUGUCAUAUCCCAGCCUUCUCUGAUCUUAAGCUGUCAUCACAGAAAACAAAGAAUGGAAAUAUCUGUGUUCGAUGCAGUGCUCAAGGGUGUAGCUUCAGACUACAAGUGUACAGAUCCUGGAAAAACUCUCCCAGAAACUCUUGACUACUGCAAGUCAUGGUUACAGACGGCCUCAGGAGAAAUAGAUACCAAAAGUGGCAUCCCACCUCCUCUUAUCACGUUUCAGAUUAAAGACUUUCUCAAUGGGCCAGCUGAGGUGAAUAUUGAUAUAUCGAAGCCUCUAAAAGCUAAUAUCAGCUUUGUCAAACUAGAUCAAGUAAAACAAUUUUUGAAAAGGAUCAGAAGUGAUUAUGAGACCCAGGAGGACAACGCUUCAACAAGUGAUAGUUUUCUGAAGAAAGAGGACACAUUACCAUUUAAGCAUUACCAAAACAGAAUUUCUGAUUCCGAGGACAGCAGUGAUGGACGGCAAACAGGUUCAACUCAAGAAAACCUUUGGAUGGACAUGUCCUGCUGUCAGAAAAUUUCUGUCCACACUGCUCAGAUAGUAGUUUCAAUGGAAACUCGUCCACAUCCUAGUAAACCCUGCAUCUUGGCGUCUUUAUCAAGUCUCAGUGGAAAUCUGAGUGUCAAAACUAAUUCUAAAACAAAAGGUAUAAUUAAUGGAUCAUCAUUAAUACUUGACAUCAGUGAUUUCCUUAUUAAGACAAGUCUUCAGGAAAAAAGCAGAACACUGGUUGGACCUGUUUGCUGUUGUAUUACUGUAGAAGCCAAAUGGUGUAAACACAGUGGGAAUCCUGGCCUGGAGUUGUCAGUUCCAAAAGUACACCUUGAUGUAAGAGGUGGACUGAUGCAGGUUUUUUGGGGACAAGAGCACUUGAACUGCUUAGUUCUUCUGCAUGGACUUCUGCAGAGUUACCUUGUACAGGAAGACAGGAUGGAGGGGCAGAACACUGCUCAGAGAUACCCAGUACAGAUUCCUACAGAUGGGAACCAGGAUACUAAAACAGAGCACACUUCAGACGAUUUGCGAACAGGCUUCUUCCAGUACAUACAGGACACAGAAGCACAGAAACUACCAGGUGCCUAUGAAGUUGUGUUUUACAAUGAAACAGAGGAUAACCCAGGAAUGAUGUUGUGGAGAUAUCCAGAACCCAGAGUACUUACCCUUGUGCGAAUCACUCCAGUUCCUUUUAAUACCACUGAAGAUCCAGAUAUUAGCACUGCAGACCUUGGAGAUGUCCUUCAGAUUCCUUGCAGCUUGGAAUAUUGGGAUGAACUACAGAACUCAUUUGUUGCUUUCAGAGAAUUCAGCCUCUCGGAAAGUAAAGUUUGUGAGUUGUCACUGCCUAGUAUUAACCUAAUGACUGACCAGAAAGAACUUGUAGCCUCGGAUCUCUGGAGGAUUGUCCUGAACAGCAACCAGAAUUCCGGAGAUGACCAAAGCUCGGAAAGUGAAUCAGGAUCACAAGGUGCUUGUGACCCACUUGUAACUCCUACUGCACUAGCUGCCUGUACUAGGGUGGAUUCAUGCUUUGCCCCUUGGUUUGUUCCUGCCCUUGGAGUUUCAAUUCAUUUUGCUCAUUUGGAACUUCGCCUUUGCCACCAUCUGAAUCAACUGGGCACAGUGCCAGCAAAAUUCCUUCAUCCAUUUAUAUCUGAUAAAAAUGUGCCAUCUGAAUUAGAAUAUUCCAUAAUUUCUUUCAAAGAGCCACACAUCUAUUUGAGGCAGUGGGGCGAUGGAUCAGUCUUCAAGGAGUUCCAGUUCUCUACUAGGAUUGACUGCAAACUUUUAGAAUACAGAAACGUAACUAUGCAGACUGUUAUGAAGCCAUUCAGAGUGUUUGGUCAGAUUGCUGUUUCUGGAAAUACAGUGGAAAAAUUGCUCGAUGGAAAUGUGAAGGUGGAUCCCAUAUUCAUCAGCUUCGGACAACACACAGUCUAUUCAUUUCAUAAAACUUUUGAAGCUUGGCAACAGAACCAGUGCCCGGAGGCAGAAGAGUUGGUCUUCAGCCAUUUUGUAAUCUGUAAUGACACACAGGAGACACUGCGGUUUGGCCAGGUGGAUACUGACGAAAAUGUUUUGCUGGCUAGCCUCCACAGUCACCAGUAUAGCUGGCGCUCUCACAAGUCCCCACAGCUGCUACAUAUCUGUAUUGAAGGUUGGGGAAACUGGCGGUGGUCUGAGCCAUUUAGUAUAGAUAACACAGGAACAUUUAUCAGAACUAUUCAGUAUAAGGGAAGAACAGCAUCACUUAUUAUCAAGGUCCUGCAGUUCAAUGGAGUACAAAAACAAAUCAUUAUUUGUGGAAGACAGAUUGUAUGUAGCUACCUCUCUGAAAGCAUUGAGGUGAAAGUUGUUCAGCAUUACAUUGAGCAGGAUGGACAGGCUGUUGUGAAGGAACAUUUUGACUGCCUUGGACCCAAACAGAAGCUACCCUCAUAUGUCCUAGAAAACAGUGAACUAACAGAAUUGAGUGUGAAAGCUAAAGGGGAUGAAGACUGGUCAAGGGAUGUGUCACUUGAGUCUAGCCAUACUGAAUAUAGCACAGUCAUCCAGGUACCAUCAUCAAACAACUCCAUUAUUUAUGUAUGGUGCAUGGUUUUGAUGCUAGAGGCCAAUUCACAAGUCCAGCAAAGAAUUAUUGUUUUCAGCCCUCUUUUUAUCAUGAGGAGCCAUCUUCCAGAUCCCAUCAUCAUACAUUUAGAGAAAAGGAGCCUAGGACAGAAUGAAAUACAAAUGAUUCCAGGAAAAGGUCAAGAAAAGUCAUUGCAAAAUAUUGAACCUGAUCUAACUCAUCACCUGACCUUCCAAGCCAGGGAAGAAGAUGGUCCAUCGGAAUGUGCAGUCCCCAUCUCAACAGCACUUAUUAAGCAGAUAGCCACUAAAUCAAACACAGGUGGCACUGUGAAUGAAAUACUUGCUGACUUCUAUGGGUGUGGCAGUUCCCCUCAGUCUGUGUGGCCUUAUACAAAAAAAGAUUUUGUCUGCAGUGAACAACUCACUCAGUGGGACAGCCCCAUGCGAGUGAAAUUGUCAGUGUGGAAGCCAUGUGUGAAAACCCUCCUGAUAGAACUCCUGCCAUGGGCUCUCCUAAUCAAUCAUUCCAAAUGGGAUCUUUGGCUGUUUGAAGGCGAGAAGAUCGUCCUGCAGAUACCUGCAGGAAAAACAAUGAUACCUCCCAACUUUCAGGAAGCUUUUCAACUUGGAAUAUACUGGGCGAACACUAAUACUGUACACAAGUCAGUAGCAAUCAAGUUGGUCCACAACAUGACAUCACCAAAAUGGAAGGAUGGAGACAAUGAGGAAGUGGUGACAUUGGAUGAAGAAGGGUUUGUUGAAGCUGAGAUAAGACUUGGAGCUUUUCCAGGACAUCAGAAGUUGUGUCAGUUCUGCAUUUCUUCCAUUGUCCAACGUGGUAUUCAAAUCCUGCAAAUUGAAGACAAGAGUAUCAUAGUCAAUAACACACCAUACCAAAUCUAUUAUAGGCCACAAAUAUCUGUUAUGGACUCCCAGCUGAGAGAAGAGUUCUUACACAUUCCAGAUAGUAGUACGUUCAGCAUCUGCUCAGUUAAGGAAUCAGACACUGCUGAAACAAGCUCCAUUCCUUUCUGGGAUAUCAUGCCUGACAUUAGCCAAUCCACUUCUGAUGUUCCUUCUCUUCAGAAGUAUAUGCUGCUGAGCUUCAGACAAGGGAUAAAUGAUCUCACCUUUCCAUGCUGGAGCCCACCGGUUGUCAUUAGGCAGGAAUUCCCAAGGCAGAGCAUAGCCAUCCCUCUUUGUGGUAGAGAUGAACGUGGAUUCUGUACUAGGGCUAUAGCACUGACUUACCAGGAACAUCUUGGAGUGACAUAUUUAACUAUGUCAGAAGACCCUAGUCCUCGUAUAAUUAUCCACAACAAGUGUUCGGUCUCAUUGCUUGUGAAAGAAAACUUCAGAGACACACCAAAGUUUGAUGUUUACUGCAAGUAUGUUCCAGCUGAAAGUUCAGUACAUCAUGAGCUUUAUCAUCAAGUCUUAAGCUAUCCAGAUUGCAGAACUAAAGAUCUUGUACCGAGCAUCCUUUUUAAAGUUAUAUCAUCAGAAAAAUUACAAAAUGAAUGGAGUGAUUUUGUGGACAUUAAUAACCAAGGCACUCAGAUUGUGUUUUUAACUGGCUUUGGCUACAUUUAUGUGGAUAUUGCUCAUCAGUGUGGAACAAUAAUGAUCACUUUAGCACCUGAAGAAAGACCAGCAGACCAGACCAACUUGAACAGCAUUCAAGAGCGGAGCCUUGUAUUUAAAACAUUCAUCAGCCAACUGAGUCUCACUGUAUAUGAUGACAUCACAAACCCUGAAACGUCAUCUGAAAUUCUCCGGUUCACAAUAGACCAUGUUUACCUUCAUAUGGUCCCAAUUGCCGCUUACCUUAAACCCCUUUCUCAUGAAUUUCACGGAGAGGCCACCAGUAGUAUUCAGCAGUUUUACACUCUGCAGAUCUUUUGUGGAGACAUGCAGUUGGACAAUCAGCUUUACAACAAAUCCAAUUUCCAUUUUCCCGUCUUACUAUGCCAAGGAGAAAAAAAUGAAACUGUACAUUGGAACAAAAUGCACAGUCUGAUGAUGUCCAACAAAGACCUUGAAGAAUAUAAUGAAAACUCUUUCAUCAAACUCUCCCUCACUUUGUCAGAAGAGCAGUGUUUGCUCUUUCAUGUGAAUGACCUCAUCUUUGAAAUGAAACCAGCCAGGUUAUAUGUGGAAGACACAUUUGUUUAUUACAUUAAGACUCUAUUUGAGACUUACCUGCCAGAUAGCAAAAGAAUUUACCAUUCCACAGAAGCCUUAGCUCUUCAUAAUACACUGCCCGAACCAGUGAGGCAACAUGCAAAUGCUUUAGUCAAUCCAGUUAAAUUAAGGAAAUUAGCAAUCCAGCCAGUGAGCCUCUUAGUUAGCAUCCAUGCUUCGCUAAAGCUAUAUAUUGCUUCAGAUCAUACUCCUCUCUCCUUCUCUUUGUUUGAACGAGGACCCAUUUUUACAACUGCCAGGCAGCUCACUCAUGCAUUAGCCAUGCAUUAUGCUGCAGGAGCACUGUUCAGAGCAGGAUGGGUCGUCGGAUCUCUGGAAAUCCUUGGCAGCCCAGCCAGCUUGGUAAGAAGCAUAGGCAAUGGCAUAGCCGACUUCUUCAGGCUUCCAUAUGAAGGGCUAACACGUGGUCCUGGAGCAUUUGUUAGUGGAGUCUCCAGAGGAACAACAUCAUUUGUAAAGCACAUUUCCAAAGGUACUCUGACAUCAAUUACUAACUUGGCAACAAGUCUUGCUCGCAACAUGGAUAGGCUAUCUCUGGAUGAGGAACAUUAUAACAGGCAAGAAGAAUGGAGAAGGCAGCUUCCUGAGAAUUUGGGAGAAGGGCUGCGACAAGGACUCUCUCGAUUAGGCAUCAGCCUGCUGGGUGCAAUUGCUGGUAUUGUAGAUCAGCCAAUGCAAAACUUUCAGAAAACAUCAGAGGCCCAGGCUUCAGCUGGACACAAGGCCAAAGGUGUAAUCUCUGGUGUAGGAAAAGGAAUCAUGGGGGUUUUUGCUAAGCCCAUUGGAGGAGCAGCUGAGUUGGUGUCACAAACUGGCUAUGGUAUUUUGCAUGGAGCUGGACUUUCUCAGCAUCCCAAACAGCGUUAUCCUCCAAAUGAUCAACUUGCUGAGCAGGCACCCAACAGCCACGUCAAAUACGUCUGGAAAAUGCUUCAGUCUCUAGGGAGACCAGAGGUCCAUAUGGCCUUGGAUGUGACCAUUGUGAGUGCUUCAGGCCAAGAACACGAAGGAUGCUUGCUGCUUACCUCAGAAGUGCUAUUUGUGGUUAGCAUCAGUGAGGACACACAGCAACAAGCUUUCCCAGUGACAGAAAUCGAAUGUCUGCAAAACAGGGAGGAAAACAACCUUUUGAAAGUACAACUCAAGCAGCAAAGAGUCCCUUGUGAUUCAGAGGUGGAUGGAGGGAGAGAGAGAUUAUCUGAACAGCAAUAUGACAGACUCGUGGACUACAUCACAAAAGCAUCUUACCACUUUGUUCCAAGUACUGUAGCUGUUCAAACUUCAGCACGUGUUGCCACUACAGAACCAAUUCAUUCAACAGUGAAAACUUACCAAUAUCUUGUUGAUCCUGUUUUUGCCCAAGUAUUCAUCAGUAAAUUUACUAUGGUAAAAAAUAAAGCUUUGCGGAGGGGGUUUAACUAAUAAUGUUCCAUAGAAGGAGUCGUGUUUUUAUUUUCAAAGUAACAUCUAUGCAAUUGUUUAAUUUAAAUUCUAAGUUUCAAUCCCUGUGAAAAUAGGCAAGUUUAGAUUUGUGGACCUGUGCAGUAAAAUAACACAAUGUUUUAAACAAGAGUAUAUGUUCUGCUUAGCCAGUACAGAAUAUGGUGGUUCUCACCCUCUGUUUGAGGCAAACAUUGCAGAUGCUCAAUAAAUUACAUUGGAUUUUCUUAUAAACUAGAGAAUGUAACAACCGUACAACAAUGAAAAUCUCAUGCUAUUUAACUGAAAAUCAGACAUAGGGUAGAAUGAAUUUGGAUGUUUCUUAUGGGACAGGAACACAAAUGUGCCAUUUUCCUAUCCUCUCAUUUAAGGUCUGCCAGUUUCUAUUAUUAGCAAAGUUUAUAGCUCAGCUGUAGAAAUUUGCUCAAGGCUGCAAUGUUUAUUCCAGUUGCUCCAUCCUAUGGCAGAACAUUUCCUCCCACUAAGUCUGAAAGCAUUGAAGUGGCUGUUUUAAGUUACUAGUGACAGCUGGGUUUUAGCACUGCUCUAACCUUAUAAUGGCUUUCAUUUUGUGACUGAAAUUUUGCAAGACUUUAGUCCUUAAUAUAAACCAGUGCCUUUGUGUAGUUUGGAGAGCAAAAUUGUUGACUACAGCAUUAAUUUAUUUUUGAAGCUUCCUGCCUGUUGUAAUCUUAUUUGCUCACCAGAUUUUUCCUAAGAUUUUUGAAUGUAUAUACUGUUGUGAAUUGUUUGGCAAUAUAUAAUUAUGCAAGAAAUGUAAUUAUUUUAACAGUGAGUAACAUGCAUUGUGUAAAGCUUUAGGACUGAUAUGCCUCAGUCCAGUGUUCCAAAAAAACACACCAUAGUUAAAACUCAGUCUCAGAACCUAGGUAUAUUUUCUUGUGAUCAUUCCCACUGAAAAUAAGGUUUAUAUCCAUGUACUGUGCUCAGAAUUCUUCUGUUGGUCGUAUACCAAUCAACAUUACUAUUCUUUCCAGUGUUACCUAUAGGGUUGCCUAUAGCUAUAUUGCUGAAUCUGUUAUCAUCUUAAUCUGUUAGCUCCUCACACCCACUGGACCUCUUUUGGCACACCUGAUUGUCCAUAAGGCUCUACCUUUAGGACUUUCAUAAUGGCUAUUUUCAAACAAAUGUGAUUUGGUUACAUUUGUUUCAUAGCCUUGGCUUUAGAAGAAUCACUGAUGCCAUAACAAAUAACUUUUGUCAAAAUUGGAUCAGCAGGUUCAAUUUGAUGAUUAAGGCUAUUGUUUGUUUCUAUUUGAAAACUCUGUCUGAAAUUGUUCUCUGACUCAGCUUUCAGAGCAGAAACUCCAUGUUAAUGUAUAGCUUUGCUGUGCCUCAAAAAUAUCCUUAAAUGAGGAAGUGAAAUUAAAUCAAGUCAUCAUCUCUAGCUAUUAUCUACUUUCCUCUGACAUUUCUAGUACUUAAUUUGCCACAAAUACAGAAAGCUUAAUAAUAUACAGAUUUCAUUAUGCUUCUCAUGUGCCGUUUUGUUACAAAGCUACUUCUGCAUAAUCAGAAAUGUGACUUCCAGUGUGAAGUGAGCACAUGGGCUGCUAAAAUUUCAUAAGGCCUU